CGACGCGAUGACGCGGCCUCUGACCCUGCGCGGGCCCCUGGCGGCCGGGCAUCGCGCAGUUAUGCCCAGGGCCUGGCUGCCUGAGACUUCAACGGGCGGGCUGACGGCGGCCAGGUGUGCGGCGGGCUCGGCGCCCAGGCCAGGAUCAGUCAUAUCUAGCGGGGCCUGAAGCGACAAGCAUUGCUGGCUCCAUUGUACACGAUUCUCAUUUUACAAAGAGUGAUGAAGAGAGUUUCCUGUUCCCACUCAAAGAUGGCGCCAAGUGUAAGGACUAACGCGGACUGCGUGUCGCUGUCAUUGCCGCGCGGCUGCUGCCUGAUGACAGGAAUGGAGCAUGGCCAGCCCGUGGGUCGCUGUCAGCCUAUCUCCAGACUAGGAGAGUACUGCGCUCCCGGCGACCGCCUCCGGCGCAUCUCCGGCUACUCCAUCUACACGUUCUGGUGUCCCUGUGACGUGGGGCUCAUCUGCCGUGCUGCCAAAUACACUCAGCUGCCAUCGCGGAUGGGUGCCUACUUUGACCCGCAGUGCGUGCCGGAGGACUUUCCUGAUUACGCAACAGCACGGCCGCUGACCAAUGACCUUGACCUGGGCGUGACUGUAGUGUGACCCACCCAGUGAACGUCUUCGUGCCGACCUGAGGGAACUAAAGUACAGCAAAGGCCUGCCCUUCGCAGGCAAGGUUGAUUCUACAUUUGGCUGAAGAUGUUGUCUUUGACGUCGCAGAUGGCACUACUUUACGUUACAAGUUACGUUAGUUACGUCGCAACAGUUUGGCACAUUGGACCCGCAGUCGUUCAGUUGAGUAGCUGCCUGUUACUCAUAGGAAGCAAUAUCAGGUAACUACCCUGCCGAUGAAAAAACGGGCGUCAGGCGGCAGCUAUGGCAUCAGGUGUAAAUCGAUCUGUUCUGGCAGCACGCAGCUAACGAUGUCAAGGGAUUUUUUAGUGUUCACGAGAUUGUACCGGUGUCGAGCCGUAUACCGCGUAGUGAUAUGGAAACAUGCUAAGCUGUUUGACUGAUAGGUAAGUGAAAUGCAUAAGUGCUUUAACUUCGCAUGCUUAAAGUAUGUUACCUCACUGAUAUUGUUAGACGCAAAAGCAUUGUGCAAAAACUCCUUUGACUUCAAAGAUAGUUUUAGUCAGCUGAGGAAGUCCAUUGCGCUAUAACAACCGAGCUUUCGCGCUAUUGCAAGAUGAAGUUCUUGCUGUUUAUUUUGAAUAUCAUGCCAUGCCGUUGUAUGUGUUUCUAUUGGUUGUACGCCUAUGUCAUCUAUGACACAGCAACGCAGUGAAAAAUUCACCCGUCCUUUACAACAGAAAUGUUAUUUUAUAUCCUUGGGCUUACUAAAUUAUAAAUGAUGGUGGAAUACAUGUGGUCUAAAAAGCCUACCUGACUUUUAAAACAUGUUAUCAUAACAUUUCAAGUUUUCUUUAAGUUUCUAGGUAUAGAACACACACAGACGACUAUCUGGAUCGAAUCCACGGUUUACGCUUUUGGCAGUACAGUUCUAUUGCGUAGGUACACGACAAAGGAACCCAGGCAUCCCGAGCCCGAAUGUCAACGACAGGCCAUAUCUGCCGCUGCUACUCUCAUGUCAUCAGCUAUCUCGACCGUGCCACUCCAUCCAACGACACCUGCAUAAGGCAGCAUCAACUUUGCACAACCCUGACCUCAGCAGCUCAGCUCGCUAGCUCAACUGCGGCUUAGGUCGCCGCACCUCGCCAGAACGGCCCGCGCGGCACGUGCCGCGAGCUCCACAGGUGGCUCGCACGGCUGCCGACCGGCGCCCACGCGGCGGACGGCGUCGGAGCCUCUCCGAACGGCCGCACCGGGGAACACCCAGUGCUGCCACCUGCUGCGAAUGGUGUAUUGAGCUAGCUGAGUGACAGCAAUCAACACUCAAACCUAUCUUGGUUUGAGUGUUGAUCGUCGCACGCAAAAACGACCUGUCCAGUGCGACGGCCGAAGACGGGGCGGCGCCGGAGCAGAGAGCAGCGGAUGCACCUCUGCCUCGUCAUGAAUCGACGCGUCCGAGCGUCUGCCGCCAGUAACGCCGCGCCGCCA